UCGUCGUUCUUCAUCAAUGGAAGAAGACGACUCAGUUUCACUCACUCUCCACACUCUAGCUUCCAUUAGAUCACUCAUCAUCAACGCCGACACUCCCUUCUCCGCAAUCUCCUCGGUCCUCGACUUCCUCACUGGUCUUCUCCCCCGAGACGACUCGCCGAUUCUCCACCACGUCCUCAAGCUCCUCUCCGAUCUCUCCCUCUCGAGAAACCAAUUAACACCACAGAUCUUCGAAUCAAUCCUCUCCAACUUGCUCCGCCUCCAAACCUCCACCGAUAGCCGCGGACGCGUCGCCGCGGAAUCGCUCGCCGUGCUCGCGUCCUUAUCCGAGCGAAACCCUACCGCCGCCGCCGCGUUUUCCAGAAUCGACGGAGAGGUGUUCGCGUCGAUUUGCAUCGGAGCAGAUGUGUCUUCUCGGAUGUGGAUGCUUAGGAACGCGGAGAGGUUCGAUCUCCCGUCGUCGGUGCUCUUCACGUUGUUCUUCGGGUUCACGAAGGAUCCUUAUCCGUGUAUCAGAAGAGUAGCUCUCGAUGGAUUGGUUUGUGUAUGUGAGGCUGGUGGUUUCGAUCACGCACGUGCCGUGCAAGGUUGCUAUGCACGUGCUGUUGAGCUUCUGGACGAUGAUGAAGAUAGCGUCAGAUCUUCUGCAGUUCGUGCCGUUAGUGUGUGGGGCAAAGUGUUGAUAGCAUCCAAGGAAGAGGCGAGUAGAAGAGAGUGUUCUGAUGCUGUGUUUCUCCAGCUUUGUUCUGUUGUGAGAGAUAUGAGUGUAGACGUGAGGGUUGAGGUGUUCAAGGCGUUUGGGGUGAUAGGAACUGCAUCAGAAAGCAUUAUACUGCAAACACUUUCUAAAAAAGUAUUGAAAGCCGGGAAAGGGAAGAAACCGCAGAAUCGUUUUUCGAAUGAGUCUGCUGAUGCCGCUGCUGCAGCUGGAGUUUUCAUCCAUGGUUUUGAAGAUGAAUUCUACGAGGUACGGGAAGCUGCGGUUGACUCUUUCCACUCCCUCUCAGUAAAUUCUAUCGAAUUCCCAGAUGAAGCUGUUUGCCUAUUGAUGGAUAUGCUAUACGAUGAUUAUAUGGUUGUCAGGUUGAAAGCUUUAGAGGCAUUGCGUCAUAUAGCAGACAUGGGGAACUUGAAGAUACAAGAAACUUAUAUGCCCGCGUUUUUGGAUGCUAUUAUUGAUACCUCUGAGAACAUAAGACUUACGGCUAGAAACAUUCUCAAAUUGGCAAAGCUGCCCGAUAUGAAGCUGGUCAACAAAGGUGUUGAUGGUGUUCUAAAAAGUUUAGAGAUGUAUCCACAGGACGAACCUGAUAUCUUGUCUACUCUGUUCCUUUUCGGACAAAAUCAUUCAAAUUUCGUAGUCAAUAUAAUCAAGAGAUUUCGUGCAAAGUUGGAGACAGACUCCGGAAAUAAAAGUGAAUUCAACAGCCGACAGGUGUCUGCGUUUCUGAUGUUCAUAAUCUCAGCUCCUCUCUCAAACAAACAAAGCAUCACUUCCAUACCGCCUUUGGCUUUUUCAUAUUCGCUUGCAAUGCUGGGAAAAUUCUCUUGUGGACUUCAUGAUAUGAUGGACCAGGAUACUCUUUUGGGUUACUUGGCUCAUUGCACUACUCUUUCUGCUGCAUCGGGUACAGAAUUCAAUAAAGCAGAUACGUUUUUAAAUGCAUAUAGGCGCAGUACUGCAUAUCAUAGCGGAAACCCUGUCCUACCACCAAGCAAAGAUAUACCUGCUGAGAGCAUAUCCAUGGCUUCCAAAGAAGAAUUGGAUCCAGCACUGAAGCCUGUGAGCCAUAUACAGUUGAAAGUGAAGGCUGCCUGGUUAUUAUUACAAUCAGCAUUCUCUAAAGAAGCAAUCCGAGCCUUAAGGGCUUGCAAACAGGAGUUAUCAACUUUGACAGCCAACUCCUCAAUCUCCAAUGGCGCAAUAAAAUUUAUGUGUCAGUACGUUCACCUAAUCGAACUUCUCGCUCAGGUAUGGCCUCAUUUCGAAAACUCAAGACACACCAGUUCAUGUAGAUCUGUAGAACUGGAAAUGCUGAUGGAAGAGUUAGAGAUAAAACUGAUGGAGAUAAGGUGUAGAUUCACAGGCCUGUAUACGGAAGUGUCACUAGUACUGGAGCUAGUCAUUUUAAGUUGCAUGUUAAGGCUAUAUAAAUUUGAGAUCUGCUGCGGACUUAGCUGCAAGAAGAAGCUAUCUUCAACAGUAUCUAAAUUAGAGCUCCACCAUGAACAACAAUGUACCAAACCAUCAGACUUUCUAACCGAAACUAAGAAGUCAUUGCAAGAGAUUGGGAGCUCUGCUGAUAAAAGUUGCUCUAGACUACUUGAUCUCAUCAAGAAAUUCAAUUGCUUCUCCCCGGAACAGUUUACCCUCUCUGGUAAUCUGCAGUGUGUCAGUGCAGAGCUCGAGGUUCCUGGUAAUGGUCCUUACAAUCCAGUUUCCUUUGUGGCUGGACUACCAGUGGCUAUACCGUGCGAGAUCAAGCUGCUCAAUGUGCCAAGGGAUGCCCGUUUGUGGCUGAGAAUAUCCAGAAGCGAUGACACUUGCCAGUUUGUGUACUUGGACCCAAACCUUUACAAUGGAGGCGAGACAGAGAAGAGGUUUAUGUUUACUGCAGUAGCUUGCAUGACCCCGAGAGCUGUUGUGUUCACACUGCAGGUCUCAAUAGGCAUAGAGUGUUUAUUCGAAGAUGUUUGUUGCAGAAAACAUCGUUAUGGUCCGAAGCAUCCAGUGACUUAUCUAUGUAAGGAAAGAGAAGUUCACUUCUCCCUUGUUUCAAGAACAGAAGCUGUAUUGUAAUCUUCUCUAUUUUUCAAAAAAUGUUAACUUACACAAAACAUACCAAACGAGAAAUGCAAUAAUAAUCCCGUGUUUAACAUAA